AUGGUGUCCAACCCUGUGCAUGGCCUGCCCUUUCUCCCGGGCACGUCCUUUAAGGACUUCACGAAAACAGCAUUUCAUAGAAGCCAGACGCUGGGCUACAGGAAUGGCUAUGCAGUUGUUCGACGUCCAACAGUUGGUAUAGGCGGGGAGCGGCUCCAGGUCAACCAGCUGUCCCAGGCUGAGCUGGAUGAGUUGGCCAACAAGGCACCGAUUUUAACUUAUGGCCAACCUAAGCAGGCCCCACCUGCAGAAUUUAUUCCUGCACAUGUGGCUUUUGACAAAAAGGUGCUGAAAUUUGAUGCCUAUUUCCAAGAAGAUGUUCCUAUGUCAACUGAGGAACAUUAUCGGAUUCGCCAAGUGAACAUUUACUACUACCUGGAAGAUGACAGCAUGUCUGUCGUGGAGCCUGUUGUGGAAAACUCUGGGAUCCUUCAAGGCAAGUUAAUCAAACGCCAGCGGCUACCCAAGAACGACCAGGGAGACCAUUACCAUUGGAAAGACCUAAAUCGAGGAAUAAACAUAACAAUUUAUGGCAAAACUUUCCGCAUUGUUGACUGCGACCGAUUCACGCAGGUAUUUUUGGAAAGUCAAGGAAUUGAAUUAAAUCCACCAGAGAAGAUGGCUCUUGAUCCUUACACUGAACUCCGGAAACAGCCUCUUCGUAAGUAUGUCACCCCAUCGGACUUUGACCAACUGAAGCAGUUUCUCACCUUUGACAAACAAGUUCUUCGAUUCUAUGCAGUCUGGGAUGAUACAGACAGCAUGUUUGGUGAAUGUCGGACCUACAUCAUUCAUUACUAUCUUAUGGAUGAUACAGUGGAAAUUCGAGAAGUCCAUGAACGGAACGAUGGGCGAGAUCCUUUCCCACUCCUGAUGAACCGCCAGCGCAUGCCAAAGGUUUUGGUGGAGAAUGCAAAGAACUUCCCUCAGUGUGUGCUGGAGAUCUCUGAUCAAGAGGUGUUGGAAUGGUAUACCGCCAAAGACUUCAUUGUGGGGAAACCACUCACUAUCCUCGGGAGAACCUUCUUCAUCUAUGAUUGUGAUCCUUUCACUCGACAGUAUUACAAAGAAAAGUUUGGAAUCUCUGAUUUACCACGUAUUGAUGUGAGCAAGAAGGAGCCACCUCCUGUGAAACCGGAAUUACCUCCCUAUAACGGUUAUGGACUUGUUGAAGACUCUGCUCAGAAUUGCUUUGUUCUCAUUCCAAAGGCUCCGAAGAAAGAUGUUAUUAAAAUGCUGAUGAACGAUAACAAGGUGCUUCGUUAUUUGGCUGCACUGGAAUCUCCCAUCCCGGAAGACAAAGACCGCCGAUUUGUCUUCUCUUAUUUUCUUGCCAGUGACAUGAUCAGUAUCUUUGAGCCACCUGUCCGCAAUUCUGGCAUCAUUGGGGGCAAGUACCUUGGCAGAACUAAAGUUGCUAAACCGUCCUCAACAGCGGAAAACCCCAUCUACUAUGGCCCGACUGACUUCUUCAUUGGUGCUGUGAUUGAGGUGUUUGGCCACCGGUUUGUCAUCCUUGACACAGACGACUAUGUUUUGAAGUACAUGGAGAGCAAUGCUACCCAGUAUUCACCAGAAGCACUCUUGUCCAUUCAGAACCGUGUUCAAAAGCAAGAAGGUCCUGCACCAGAAUUGGAAAACAAGCAAACUAAAGAGGAUCCAGGUGUGCAAGAACUGGAGGCAUUAAUAGACACAAUCCAGAAGCAACUGAAAGAUCAUCCGUGCAAAGACAACAUUCGCGAAGCCUUUCAAAUUUAUGACAAGGAAGAUUCAGGAUAUGUUGACAAAGAGAUGUUCUUUAAAAUCUGUGACUCUCUCAACCUGCCAAUCGAUGAUUCCUUGAUUAAGGAGUUGAUCAGGCUGUGCCCUCACAGAGAAGACAAGAUUAACUACUAUCACUUUGUGCGUGCUUUCUCCAACUGA